AUGUGGGGCUUCGGAUCAUGUCGUUCACAAAUGCCCUCAGGUUUUCCAAUAACUGGGACUCCAGAUGGCGGAGUUCCCAGUUAUUCAAUGCCAUCAUCUAUUCUUUCCAAUAAUCCAAUUUUUAUUCGUGCUCAAGUCAACAACGUUUACCGUCACAUCGUUUUGGAUACUGGCUCGGGUACCACUAUUAUAAAUCAUCGUUUCUUAAAACAAAUUCCGCACACUAGCUUUCGAUCUAUUUCAUCGUCUUAUUCUUCUGCAAAUUGUACGUCGCUUGUUAUUAUCGGUGAAGUCGAUCUUAAUAUACAAAUUAACAACAUCGUUACCACCAUCACUGCUGCUGUUGCUACUUGUCUUGUCACUGAUUUGUUACUUGGCACUGAUUGGAUUAAUAUCUAUGUACAAUCUCUCGAUAUUGCUAAUCAAACUCUAACUAUACAUGAUGCACACGAUCAAUUUACAACUACUUCACUUCUUCGUCAUUUCGAUUCAUCAACAACUUCAUCCGUAUCACUUGUUCAUUCUAUUACAAUUUCGAAAUAUUCUACAUCUAUCGUUUCCGUCAAAAUUCCGUCGCUCGAUAAUACAACCGUUAUUUUUGAACCGUCUUCAAAAUUCACAAUGGCACCUAUUUUUAUUCCGGAUUCGUUAAUCAAUGUUCGGAAUCAUCUUUCCGUUGUGUCGAUUACUAAUCAUACCGAUCAUUCAUAUACUAUACCGCAAAAUACUUGUCUUGGAACUGUACCGAUCGCGUCAAUCAUUUGCACCGUGUCAUCUUCCAAUACUUCUGCUUACCAUUUCUUGUCGGAUGUUUCAGAUUCUAGUUCAUCUAACAGUAUUUGGAAAUACGGUAAAAGCUUUGACGUUCGUUAUCCGUCAAAAAUUAAUUUUAUACUUGAAAAUGCCAUCGAUACUGGUUUUCAUCGUCCUGUGUAUACUACUCCAUAUCGUCGUUCGCCAAAAGAUCAUGAAAUACUCAACGAUCAAACAGCAUAUCUAUACAGUCAGAACAUCAUUGAACACUCUACAUCACCAUGGUGCUCUCCUGUUGUUCUCGUUAAAAAGAAGGACGGUGAAACCCGCUGUUGUGUCGAUUAUCGGAAGCUAAAUGCUAUUAUCGUCAAAGAUUCUUUUUCACUGCCGCGUAUCGACGAUAUUUUCGAUCAAGUAUCUCGAACUACUUACUUUACCAAACUCGAUUUCAAAAGCGGAUACUUUCAAAUCUCACUUGCACCAGACGAUCGUCCAAAAACUGCUUUUUCCACGCGUGAUAACCAUUAUCAAUUCACUGUUCUUCCGCAAGGUGUUAAAAAUGGUCUCCCAACUGUUGAAAAAUGUACAAUUGCUUCUGAACGCAUCACUUACCUGGGCCAUCAUAUUCAUCGUGGUCACAUUCGUCCAAGCACUGAUAAUGUUCAUGACUUGCUUGACUCGCCAAUACCGACUACGCCACAAGCAACUUUUCGAUUCGUUAAAGCAGCUGAGUAUUUUCGAAAAUUUAUUACAAAUUUUUCUCGAAUUGCCGCACCUUUGUACAAAUAUACACCAUCAUCACGGAAUCCUGAUACUAUUCCAGCUACUUCAUCGUGGACUUUAUCUCCAAUUGAACGCGCUGCAUAUGAUCAACUGAAGCACAUUCUUUCUACUGAUUUGGUUUUACACCUUCCAAACUAUGAUUUACCAUUUAAAAUUCAAACGGAUGCUUCGAAAGUUGGUGUUGGUGCUGUUUUGCUACAAACAUCUCCUGAAGGUGAUCGUCCAGUGUGUUAUUUGUCAACAAAGUUUUCACCUACUCAACAACAGUGGCCUGUUAUCGAACAAGAAUGUUAUGCUAUCGUGGUAGCUGUCGAACAAUGGCGUCAUUACCUACACGGACGUCAUUUUACCGUCGAGUCGGAUCAUAAGCCAUUGGAAUCCUUCACUAUCAAAUCCCAACUAAAUGAUAAAUGUGAACGCUGGCGUCUCAAACUACAAUCCUAUGACUUCACUAUUCGACACAUUUCUGGCACCACCAAUGCCAUGGCUGAUUUUUUUAUCUCGUUCACCGUCAUUCAAACUACUGAUGACUUUCUUGUGACACCCAUUAUUAACAUAGUCGCUACUCGGUCUCGUACAAAACAAACUGUUCUACCGAAUCACGCCACUAUUGCCACCUCUACGGACAAUUCUUCUAGCGCUGCACUUCGUUCAACACAUUGUCCAUCAGUCGAUGAUCUUGCGAUUCGUUUUACUAGUGAUCUUUCAAUCUUAAAAGCAGCUUAA